CAAUGCGAUUGGCGCUAUUCCUGGUAGCUCUGUCUCGAGGAAGUCAAACUUAGCGGGCUCAGCGAUCUCCAGCAACCCUGGCAACCAUCAAGUCGACCGCGAGGCAACCCAGUCUUAGCACUGGGCUCUGCCCACUAGCCGAAGAAGUCUGGCCUCCUUAGGAGAUGAUGGCAGCCGUGCAGUCCAUGGCCGGACGUUUCGAUUGAAGGGGUUGCAGUUUCUUUAGAAAUAGUCCGUUGGUUUUUGCCUACGGAUUCCGCAUGCGGGUCACCGUCAGCAGAAGAAACUUGGAAGCACGCCACCAUUUUUGUCGUCAUUUUCCCCAUAAUGAAGCGGUUCAGCGUCCUCAACUGGCUUGCCACCCUUGGCGUCAAGGAGGCCAUCGAAGAUGCCGCGCCGACCCAGCAGGUGGUGACGGCAACCGCCGAAGCGGUCGACAAGGGGGCAGUUGUGUUGGUUGGGGCCAGCGACAACAUCACCGGAUUCGUCGAAAAGUCCAAGGCACGCAUGCUAGACCGGUGGCUCGACGCUCUUGUGCGUGUGUCAGGGUCUGAGGCCAUGUUCAUCGUCAUCGUCUUGGGUCUCUUGACCUGGGCCUUCUUGGGAAUUCCCUUCGGCAAGUCGGCUGACUGGGCUGUCAUGAUCUCGGAUGUCCAAGCCAUCGUCAGCUACCUGUUUGACUCCCUCCUGAUGCGCCAGCAGCUCAACGAGUACGAGAGGUUUAUCCGGGUCUCGGCUAUGCUGCAGUCGCGGAACCUCAGCCACCGUCGGAUGCUGAGGCAGAUUGCCAGGGGUGGCCGCCAUGUCGUUGCGCCCGAGGACCUCGGGAAUCUCGAGCAGGUCCGAUUCAGCGAGGACCUCCCGAAGGAAAGCUUCAUCGGUCGCGUGUCAACUUUGGCCUCCAGGAUCUUCGGCCACAUUGUCACUGUCGGGUUCUACUGGCUAUGCAUCUUCAUCUGGCUUGGAUUUGGCCAGUACUGCGGAUGGAGCGACGAAUGGCAGCUCUACAUAAACUCCGCCACCUCGGCCCUCAUGGUCUUUAUCUUCGCCUUCCUCGCCAACAUCCAGGAGCGUCACACCGACUACAACGACCAGUGCCUCAACUCCAUCUUUGAGGUCGACUCGGCCGUCGAGCUCAAGCUCCGCCUUCUCAGUGGCGACACCAUGCCAAACCCCGCGGUCGUCAUCCCAGCGCCGAAGGUGGGAAAGCUGCAGCGGGCCAUCUUCUACUAUGCAGACCUCGUCGGCACCCUGGUGGGCCUCGCCAUCCUCAUAAUUGCCAUGGUUGUCUGGCUGGCCAUCGGCCCCGUCCUGUCGUUCAGCUCUGAUUGGUGGCUCAUCAUCGGCACGUACGCAGGCCUAGUGGGCUUGAACGAUGGCUUCGUCCUCCGCAAUGUGCAGCUGCAGCUCAGUCGUUACCAAGACAAGGCUUUCGACCAGGUUCAACUCGAGGACAAGGCCAUCUUCGACGAUAUUCGUGUCUCGGACCCCAAGAUUGAAUACGUCGAGGACGACUCGCUCAGCUACCGACUUUCCGAGCGAAUGGGCAUUGUCACCUCCCACGAGGUCACUGUCGUGCUCGGUGGCAUUGCGAUCCUCGGCCUUCUUGCCGGCGCCACUGCCAUGAAAUGGUCCACUACGGGACAGCUAUUGUGCAACAUCCCUCCGAGCGUCGUCGAGUGCUUCUUCAUGAUGAUCCUCAUCACGGGACACAACAUCAGCGACUCACGAAGGCGCGCCGAUCUGCGCACCUUGUAUGUCCGGCGACUUAAACUUCUGGGAUACGUCGAGAAGCUCGAGGCCUCAUCGCCCUAAGUCACAAAGCAGGAGUGCAUCCUCGGUGCGAGCUGUUUGCAUGUUGCGACCGUCACUGUAGAGUGUUUCAUCGUCUGUACCUCGUAAUGUUCUGUUCAUCUGUAUUGCCCCUCAACGGGCAAACUAUAAUAGGGUCUCAACGCCUCUAUUAAGUUAAUUUAGUAGCUGCAAUUAUUUUAUUACCAACUUUAAUCCGUUGGAAGUCGACCUUAGAAUAGUCGGGUUCAAUCAUUCAUUGUCUCACACUUUGAAUAAUAGAUUAACAUAUGCUUC